GCACAAAGAAUUACAAAUUGGAACCCUCCUUCCUCUCUUUUCCCGUUUAGGGCCGCCGGGCGAGAAGACGGCCGAAGUCGACAAGUAUUAUUAGUAGUAUGUGAAUUGCGGGAGUUGGCCUUCGAAGUGGAGCUUCAAGAUUAUGGAGUCUCAGCUCAAGAAGAGCGCUAAACCCAAAUUGCUGAACCCUAAUUGGGCGCUACUCCAACAAAAACUGAACCCUCAUGGUUCAAAGCGAUCCUCCAGUGUACCGAAAUCCGAAGCCUCAUCAAAGACCCUUUUAGGAAAACGCAAGGAUAGAUCUGAUGAGGAGUCAGAUCACUCCAACAAGAAACUUCUCAUUCCAGUGAACGAUGACUUUAGUCUUACAGAUGUAGUAGCUAUGGAUUGUGAAAUGGUUGGCGUGGGCCAAGGUAACAAAAGCGCCCUUGGACGAGUUACAGUGGUAAACAAAUGGGGGAAUGUUAUAUACGAUGAGUUUGUACGUCCUAUAGAGCGUGUGGUUGACUUUCGGACUGAAAUUAGUGGCAUAAGACCCUGCGACCUGAGGAAAGCAAAGGAUUUUCCAACUGUCCAGAAGAGAGUGGCAGAAUUGAUUAAAGGAAGGAUUCUUGUUGGCCAUGCCUUGCGUAAUGAUCUUAAGGCAUUGCUCUUGAGUCAUCCCAAGAAGGAUGUGAGAGAUACCUCCGAGUAUCAGUUCUUCCAGAGGGGAGGAUGUAGAAGAGCCCUCCGCCAUCUUGCAGCUGAGGUUCUUGGCGUUGAGAUUCAAAAUGGGGAGCACUGUCCUGUAGAAGAUGCUCGUUCUGCAAUGCUGCUCUAUCAAAAGAAAAGUAAGGAGUGGGAAAAGAGUGUCAAAGCUGAAGUAAAGCUUAAAUUGAAGCAGAAGAAACGCAAGCCAAGGAAGAAAUCCAAGGAUGGAGGUGGUGUUGAAUGAACGAUCAAACUCCUAAUAUCUUAAUCUGAUGCAGAUCUUACAAAAAUGUGGAACUUGCUGCUGUAGAAUUGAGUAGAGAUUAUAGUCAUUCUUUAUUUUGAGUGAGACCAUUGGCCUGUGUUCUUGGCCAAAUUUUGAUCUUCAAGCUCAAGAACUACUGGUUACUAAUAUUGUACGGAUACGUCAACUUAAUAUCGUAAAGCAACUUUUAAUCUCAAA